AUGGCUAACGAAUUAGAAGUCGAAAAACAAAAAACUGACGAGCUUCUUUGUGAAUUGAUGCCAGCCUCUAUCGCUGAUGCCCUCCGACAAGGAAAAAUGGUGGAAGCAAGUGACUUCGCCGACUGCACGCUACUUUUCACGGAUAUUGUGACUUUCACAAAUAUUUGCGCCAAAUGUACUCCUUACGAUGUGGUUACACUGCUCAAUGACUUGUAUUUGAGAUUCGAUCGAUUGAUUGGACUUGUGAGUUUCAAAGUAACAACAGCGACAAAGUUCUGA